AUGAGGCGCCAGUUGCGGGUGCCGUGUUGGGCGAUGUGUCCAUUGGCCCCGCUUCACGUUUUCCUUCUCGCAGCACGGGAUUCGGCCCAUUCCUCUGACUCGGAAACUCGUGUUUCCCGCAAGAGGGACCGGUCAGGGUACCAGCGAGGGGGUCAUUUCUUUGAGGAUGAUGACGAGCCGAUGGGCAGAGGUGAUUUCCGUCGCCGCCACUUAGGGUUUCGCGAGGAAGAUGACUGGUGGUGGGCGGACGGUGAUCAACGACGGCGCGACGGGCCGGGCUUCGGUCCCUACGGACAGCGACGCCGCGACGGGCUGCAGCAGCGAGAAUGGCCAGAAUUUGCACAGGCCGAUCAGCACCUCCGCGGAUGGUACAUCUCGACUGGGAAAUAUACCACAAUGGGCCAAAAAUUGAUGGCCUCAGCUACUCCCACUACUUGA